AUGGUCCGUCUUAAUACUAUCAAGGCAACUGCCGUCUUGCUGCACAUUGGGGUCUCGACCGCCAUCACCGCGUGCCCAGGCGCGGAGACGGUCUAUACAAGCACCGAAGGCGUGCGGUACGCCAUCUGCCCUGACACAGACUACCAGGGAGCAAGUCUUCAGAUUAUCCCCGGCGUCGCUUCUACUACAGCUUGUGCAGCGCGUUGCGAAGCAGAUGCUCGCUGCGCCAAGGGGGUUUUCGACACACAGACGGGAGAUUGUCACAUCAAGGACAAUGCGGUGGCGCUGGCCUGGGUGACGAAUGGGAGAUUUGAUGUCAUCCGGCUGAACAAUAACUUUCCCGAGGGGACCAACAUAGCCUACUGUCCCUUUAGCCAAACGAGCUACACGGCUGUCAGUGCCACGUACAAGAUCUGCCCUGGUACCGACUACAAAGGGGCGAGUGCGCAAAUGGUUCAAGGUGUUGCCAGCGUCACGGCAUGUGCACAGCUGUGUGGGUCGACGUCAGGCUGCAAGAAAGCCGUCUACGACAACGUCGCACAGGUUUGCCACAUUAAGGACACUUACAACAGCGCCACUCUGAUCUGGGCCAUGAACAAGAGGUUUGACUCGAUUACCGUCGACGCUAAGAUCAACUUUGCAACUCAGGGGAACUGGACGGAUAUAAUUCGACUCCCUGUGAUUCCUGUCGCAGCGUACGUAGUGCCACAAUUCCCCGAACCGACCAGGAUGCUCGUGUUUUCGAGCUGGGGAGAUGAUACCUUUGGCGGAGCUGCGGGAUACACGCAAUUCGCCGACUACAACUUCAAGACAGGUGCCGUUUCACAGCGAACCGUGGCCAAUACUAAGCACGACAUGUUCUGUCCCGGAAUUAGCUCCCUCGCCGAUGGUCGUAUUCUCAUCACCGGUGGCUCGAAUGCCGAGGCGACGAGUUUAUACAACCCUUCGACCAACUUGUUCGUCCGUGGCCCUGAUAUGAAGAUUGCCAGGGGGUAUCAAACGUCUACCACGCUAUCUAACGGCAAAGUUUUCACCAUUGGAGGGUCAUACUCAGGCGAAAGGGGAGGGAAGAACGGCGAAGUUUACGACCCGGCCACGAACACGUGGACCCUGCUUUCAGGGGCUUUGGUGGAGCCGAUACUAACAACGGACAACGAGGGAAUCUGGCGAGAAGACAACCAUGGUUGGUUGUUUGGCUGGAAGAACGGGUCGGUGUUCCACGCCGGGCCGAGUAUAAAACAGCAUUGGUACGGUACUAUAGGCACAGGUUCGGUUGCUGAGGCGGGCAUGCGUGAUGGCGAUGACGCAAUGUGUGGCAUCAACGUCAUGUACGAUGCCACAGCCGGCAAGAUCUUCACUGCUGGCGGUAGUCCAGACUAUACGAACAGCGACGCAACCCAACGAGCUCACAUCACCACCAUUGGGAACCCGGGAACUCCUUCGACUGUCGAGCGUGUGCCUGAUAUGACCUUCCCUCGCGGAUUCGCCAACGCUGCCGUUCUACCCGACGGAACUACUCUUGUGACGGGCGGACAGCGCCGGUCCCUCGUCUUCACUGAUACAGACGGUAUUUUGACUCCUGAGUUAUUCAACCCCGUCACCAAGACUUGGACACAGAUGGCCCCCGAAGCCGUGGCACGUAACUACCACUCGGUCUCCCUCUUGCUUCCGGACGCCACUGUGUGGUCCGGCGGUGGUGGACUCUGCUAUGUCGGCUCGCCCACGGGCUCUGACGCCAAAUGUGACAAGAGCGUCGAUCAUGCCGAUGGCCAGAUCUUCUCCCCUCCUUACCUCUUCAACCCAGAUGGUACUAUGGCAACCCGUCCCGUCAUCUCGGCCCUGUCUGCUACUUCUGUCAAGGUUGGCGCCACGAUUACCGUUACUAUGAGCAACAACGAUGCUACCACUUUCUCCUUGAUCAGAAUUGGCUCGGCCACACACUCCAUCAACAGCGACCAGCGCCGUGUUCCUCUGACCGAUAUCACAGCAAAUGGUGCGGCACACAUCAUCCAGCUGCCUACUGAUGGCGGAGUUCUGAUCCCGGGCCACUAUUAUCUGUUUGCGCUUUCGAGUAAUGGUGUUCCCAGCGUGGCCAGAACGCUUCAGGCCACCUUGUAA